CUGAAUUCGUGCCUGCAAGUUGUGAAAUUAAAGGGAAAUUAUUAGAUUGAGUUUUAUAUCAAGUUUUUUAUUUUUUAUUUAGAAAAUGGCACCCCAACUGCGUGGAAUUGGUACGCGCAGUACGCGAACGCGCGUCCGGUUUGAAGGCGAGAUUGAGCGCACUGCUCAAUUUGCGAGAGAACAAACAGCUACGAAGAAAAAGAACACAAAGAAGGCGGCCCCAAAGACGGCGAGUCGAAAGAAGAAGCCUAGGUAGCUCCAAAGAAGAUAUCGGCGAAGGCAUCGUCGUCUAGCAUACCCAAGACUGCUAGCAAGACAUCACCUCUGGAGCUAGAUCCGCAAAGGGACCUUGCAGACGAUGAGGAAGAGCUAGGAGAGGAAGAGCAGGAAAAGGGUACGGUUACUCCGAAACCGAGCCGUAAACGGAGUCGAUCUCAAACCGAUCAGCUACCGAUACUGACACCACCUACGAUGACCGGUUCGAAGGCAUAUGAUCCUCUAAGAGUAUGGAGUAGUCCACUCCUAGAGACCAGUCCAGA